GGCUCCCACAUUUCAGCAGGUGCCGAGCCCAAGCUCCCGCCGCCGCCCGUGCCUCCGGCUCCUCGGCGCCCGGGCUCYGCUCUCCCGCACCCGCCCGCUGCCCCAGGCGGGGCCGGCGGGGGUGCCGCUCCUGCCGGCGCUGCGCACCCGGCGGUGCCUCGCCCCUCUCCUGCCCACCUCGGGAUCUCCCGAGUCCCCGCUCCUCUCCAGUACACCUGUUUCCCCAGAAAGGCAGGGUCCUGGUCCCUGCUGCAUUCCUGGGGCCAUGGCGGGUCUGGGCCCCGGCGGAGGCGAUUCAGAGGGGGGACCCCGACCCCUGUUUUGCAGAAAGGGGGCCCUGAGGCAGAAGGUUGUCCACGAAGUCAAGAGCCACAAGUUCACCGCUCGCUUCUUCAAGCAGCCAACCUUCUGCAGCCACUGUACCGACUUCAUCUGGGGAAUUGGAAAACAAGGCCUGCAGUGCCAAGUCUGCAGCUUUGUGGUUCAUCGACGAUGCCACGAAUUUGUGACCUUCGAGUGUCCAGGCGCUGGGAAGGGCCCCCAGACGGAUGACCCCCGGAACAAGCACAAGUUCCGCCUGCACAGCUACAGCAGCCCCACCUUCUGCGACCACUGCGGCUCCCUGCUCUACGGACUGGUGCACCAGGGCAUGAAGUGCUCCUGCUGCGAGAUGAACGUGCACCGGCGCUGUGUGCGGAGCGUGCCCUCGCUGUGUGGGGUGGACCACACUGAGCGCCGUGGGCGCCUACAGCUAGAAAUCCGGGCCCCGACAGCCGACGAGAUCCACGUGACUGUUGGUGAGGCCCGUAACCUCAUUCCUAUGGACCCCAACGGUCUGUCUGAUCCUUAUGUGAAACUGAAGCUCAUCCCAGACCCUCGGAACCUGACAAAACAGAAGACGCGGACAGUGAAGGCCACGCUAAACCCUGUGUGGAAUGAGACCUUUGUAUUCAACCUGAAGCCGGGGGAUGUGGAGCGCAGGCUCAGCGUGGAAGUGUGGGACUGGGACCGGACUUCCCGCAACGACUUCAUGGGGGCCAUGUCCUUUGGUGUCUCCGAACUGCUGAAGGCACCGGUGGAUGGCUGGUACAAGUUACUGAACCAGGAGGAGGGCGAAUAUUACAAUGUGCCGGUGGCCGAUGCUGACAACUGCAGCCUCCUCCAGAAGUUUGAGGCCUGUAACUACCCCUUGGAGUUGUAUGAGAGAGUUCGGAUGGGCCCCUCUUCCUCUCCCAUCCCAUCUCCUUCCCCUAGUCCCACAGACCCCAAACGCUGCUUCUUUGGGGCCGGCCAAGGACGUCUGCACAUCUCUGACUUCAGCUUCCUCAUGGUCCUAGGAAAAGGCAGUUUUGGGAAGGUGAUGCUGGCCGAGCGCAGGGGCUCUGACGAGCUCUAUGCCAUCAAGAUCCUGAAAAAGGAUGUGAUCGUGCAGGACGAUGACGUGGACUGCACUCUGGUGGAGAAACGCGUGCUGGCACUGGGGGGUCGGGGUCCUGGUGGCCGGCCCCACUUCCUCACCCAGCUCCACUCCACCUUCCAGACCCCGGACCGCCUGUAUUUCGUCAUGGAGUAUGUCACUGGGGGUGACUUGAUGUACCACAUUCAGCAGCUGGGCAAGUUUAAGGAGCCCCAUGCAGCGUUCUAUGCGGCCGAAAUCGCCAUUGGCCUCUUCUUCCUUCACAAUCAGGGCAUCAUCUACAGGGACCUGAAGCUGGACAACGUGAUGCUGGAUGCUGAAGGACACAUCAAGAUCACUGACUUUGGCAUGUGUAAGGAGAACGUCUUCCCUGGGACCACAACCCGCACCUUCUGCGGGACCCCGGACUACAUAGCCCCUGAGAUCAUUGCCUACCAGCCAUAUGGGAAGUCUGUCGAUUGGUGGUCCUUCGGAGUUCUGCUCUAUGAGAUGUUGGCGGGACAGCCACCCUUUGAUGGGGAAGAUGAGGAGGAGCUGUUUCAGGCCAUCAUGGAGCAAACAGUCACCUACCCCAAGUCACUUUCCCGGGAGGCUGUGGCCAUCUGCAAGGGGUUCCUGACCAAGCACCCAGGGAAGCGCCUAGGCUCCGGGCCGGACGGGGAGCCCACCAUCCGGGCGCACGGCUUUUUCCGCUGGAUUGACUGGGAGCGGCUGGAGCGCUUGGAGAUUGCGCCUCCGUUCAGGCCACGCCCGUGUGGCCGCAGUGGCGAGAACUUCGAUAAGUUCUUCACGCGGGCGGCGCCAGCACUGACCCCGCCGGACCGCCUGGUCCUGGCCAGCAUCGACCAGGCGGAUUUCCAGGGCUUCACCUACGUCAACCCGGACUUCGUACACCCGGAUGCCCGCAGCCCCACCAGCCCAGUGCCUGUGCCCGUCAUAUCCUGCCCCCAGCAUUCUGGCCUCUGCUCCCAAGGGUUCUAGAUGCUCCUCUCAAGCAUUCCUGACAUUCUAAACUCCAUGGAGUCUCUAGAGCCUUCCUGUGUUCUAGAUUCGGCUGAGCCCUAUAUUGUCCCCCACCCCCAGCGUUCUGGAUGCUCUUCUACUGGCUUCCAGAACCACACUAC